AUGGCAGCCAUUGCGACAGGUCGGAUAGCUCGCGAUAUUGCGUCAACGGCUACUCUAACAUCGCUCUCGAAUCCAGAGAUUAACCGCGGUCCGAUCGCAGCGUCACAUGUACCUGUAUUUAAGGCCGUUGCACUCUCCGCGAGCUCGCGGUACUCAGACAGAUGGGUCGUCGCAACGCGACGAGGCGGUGACGACGGCGUGAGACGACAUGGCCGCCAUGGCGCCACUAGGAGACAUAACUGUCGAGCAUCAGUGGCAACGGAAGACCACGCCGCCUUCCUCCGCGAUGUCGCGGCGAUCGAUCCUCCGCCGCUGCUGGACGCGCUGAUCCGAGUGCUCCAGGCGCAGGGCGAGCAGCCCGUGUCGCCCGCCGAUCGCCGGGGCAUGGUACCGCUGGCCGUCCCACUCUCGCGAAACCCAGCCACUGGAACCGUGACGGCGCUGCUCCGCUGGCCCACCGCUCCCCCGGGCAUGCAGAUGCCCGUUAUCCGAGUGGGAGAGGGCGGCGGCUGCGUCUUGGUUGCACGAUCGGCGGACGAGUACAUUCAGAGGGCGCUCGUGGAGGAGGACGUGGGGGGGCGGGAGGGCAGCGCGGAGGGGGACACGGGGAGGGUGGGGGAAGCGGCAGGGGAGGAGGGGCGCAGGCUGUAUUCGCCUGGGGACUUUGCUGCGGCUAAGGCCAAGUCCCUUGACGCCUAUCUGACCACCAAGGUGGGCAUGUUCCCGGACGUCCUCGAGAGGCUUGCUCUGCGGCACCUGGAGCAGGGCGAUCAGGUGUCAGCGCUGGUGGCGGGGGAGUUCUAUGCGCGCAAGCACUUCCCCGGCUUUGCACAUCCCUUCACCUUCAACGCACAGCUGCUGCUCAGAGUGGGGAGGCCAACAGAGGCGAGGGAUGCAGCGCGCAUUGCACUCAAGUCCCCCUGGUGGACCCUGGGGGCCUCGUACCAGGAGGUGGCAGAGCUGGCGGGGUACGGGGACUCGCAGCUGGAGUAUGCGUUGGAGCGGCUGACAGAGGAGGGCAGGAAGGAGGACGUCAACAAGGGCAAGGCCGAGGCACAGGUGGCAUUGGACCAGGCAGCCUUUCUGCUGGACGUGGCAGCAGCAGAGGGCACGUGGGAUGAGACACGUGAGCAGCUGGCAGGGCUGUACCGGGAAGCAGGGCUGGAGGAGAUGGCCUCGUUUGUCCUUGCUGGACCGCCAACCUCAACAUAG